UUAAACUCCUCCCUUCUUUCUUCGGCUCCCAACAGGCCAACCUGUUGUUCCCGCUCUGGGAGCGGCUCCGCGCGCAGCCUCGCUGUCGGCCCGCGCGCCUGUGCGCGCGCGGAUCUGAUCCCAGGUCUGCGCGGGUCCGCCCCCCUCCCCUCCCCGCUGGAUCCCGUCCGCAGCCCCGCAGUCUUUCUGCCUCCGCUCCGCCGCGGAGACGCCGCUGCCGCCCGGCCGCUUCCCCGCUUGAAGACGCCCCGCGGCGCGCGGACACGGACGGUUCCUCCCGCGGAGAAAAGAUGCCCGUUUCGGGGCGGACUCACGGCCCCGGGAUUUAACGGAAAACGGCCUCGACUUUUGUCAAGUGGAGCAACUGAAGAAGUGGACGUGAAGUUUUGGGGCAGAACUUGCGCCGUCGGGGGCGCUGUGUUGUUUGUGACGGAUUUUAACGGUUUUUACCGACACUUUGCCGCGUUUGCUCUCUGUCCCCGCGGAGUUUGGACUUUUUCUCGGCGUGGAAGAGCCGCGGAGAGGCGACUUCCACUCCGCAGGAAUUCACCGCGAGCGUCCGUGAACGCCGCAGGAAGCUAGCUAGCCUGCUAGCAAGUUUUCCCGCUGCUGCUUUCGUUGUUUUUAGCUGCUUUUCGGCACCGGAACACGGCAGAAACCCCCCCGCGGGGAGGGCUUUCAGGACCACGGACCGUCCGGGACCGAGCACGAGCGAACCGGGAGGUUUGGCGGGUUUUGGAAACUCCUGGCGUUAGCCUCCGCCGCUAGCGUCCCGACAUGCCGCGGCUGAGCGGCGACGCGGACCCGGACGACCUGGGGGCCAGCGACGAGCUGAUCGCCUUCAAGGACGAGGGGGAGCAGGAGGAGAAGCGGAGCACCUCCGCCGAGCGGGACCUGGACGACGUCAAGUCCUCGCUGGUCAACGAGUCGGAGAGCAACAGCGGCUCGGAGGCGGAGGCGGACCGGCUCCCCAGGUCCCGUCCAGAUGCGGAGAGCAGAACCGGACUCGGCCACCCGGGAGACAGAGGGCUGCGGCGGCAGCAGGACGGCGGCCUCUUCCAGCCCCCGCCGUACCUCGGCUACCCCUUCUUCAUGAUCCCAGAUCUGGGCCCCUACCUCGCCGGUGGCGCCCGCACGUACCUGCCGUUCCAGUGGCCUCUGCUCGACCUUCCCGGGAGAACUGCUGUCAGAGACUCGGCCACGCCCACUCACCUGUCCAGCCCCAUGGCCCACCUCCACCCCCUGCUGUCCUACAGCCCCGAGGCCUUCUCCCCCCAAAGGGCCUCGCCCGUCCUCUCACCUGACGCAGGCAUGUCCAGGACGCCGCACGCCGCCUGCUACCCGCUCUCUCCUGGAGGAGUGGCUCAGAUGGCGCCCCCUCUUGGCUGGCUGCCGGGUCAGCACAUGUACCCGCUGACAGGGGGGUUCAGCCCUGCAGCGCUGGCCAUGAACGCCUCCAUGUCCAGUCUGGUUUCCGGCAGUUUCUCCCCCCGUCUGGUUCCGACCCCCCAGCCGUCUGUCUCCCAGCCCACCGUCGCCCCCCCAACAGUGAAGCAGGAGCCUGGAGAGAGCUGCAGUCACGAGUCCGGCAGGAGGUCGGCGUCCGGCGCCCCCCGGGAGGACGAGAGGCGCCCCCACAUCAAGAAGCCGCUCAACGCCUUCAUGCUGUACAUGCGGGACGAGCGGCCCAAGGUGGUGUCGCAGUGCAAGGUGAAGGAGAGCGCCACCAUCAACCAGAUCCUGGGACAGCGGUGGCACUCGCUCUCCAAAGACCAGCAGGCCAGAUACUACGAGCUCGCCCGAAAGGAGAGGCUGCUGCACUCCAAGCUCUACCCCAACUGGUCUGCCAGAGACAACUAUGGAAAGAAGAAGAAGAGGAAGAGGAUGAAGGGCGAAUCGCAGAUGGACGGUGAGUUCCUGCCUCUGAGGCGAUCAGAGGACCAAUCAGAGGAGAGGACGACCUUUGUCCCGCCUCCAGGCCCUCAGGAGACUAAAACGGCUUUCGGCUUCUGCUCCUCAGCAGACGCGUCCGACGGCUUCCUGCCGCAGACCAAGAAACCCCGCGAGGACCCGCCCCCCACGCACACUUUCCACACCCGCCCCCACCUGCCCCCGACGCACACCGUAUCCCACCUGACACACACGCACCUGUCCCAGGCCAGCCCCGCCUCCUCGUUGGACUCGCCUGCGACGCCCACCACAGCGCUGGCGUCGCCCGCCGCCCCCGCCGCCACACACACGGAGCACACGCACUCCUCCCACAGUGGGCGGAGCUCCCCGUCCUCGGAGCAGCUCCAACCGCUGUCACUGACCACCAAACCCCACCGGACCGCCCCCCCGCUGAGCCGCACCCCCGUCAUAGCAGAACCGCCCUUCCCCCACUCGACUACCCCCCGGGGCUCGCCCCGCCCCUUCAUGUCCUCGCCCCCCACCGGCCCCCACCAACCGUCUGUGUGCUCGCCGCCUCAGUCGCAGCCGCUGUCCCUGCGAACCACCAAUCGUCGAUGAGGCCCCGCCCCCUUUCCACGGAGCUGAAGGUUUUUAUGCCAAAAGUUUCAUUUUUACUUUUUUAUAAACGUUUUAUACUCGAAUGACUCGAUUGGUCAAUAUUUGACCUCACCUCCACCUGUGUCUCCUCACCUGUUCCAACGUAACACAGGUGUGUCUCCUCACCUGUUAACCUGUUUCUGCUGCUUCUGUUAAUAAACACUCAGUUCUGAC